AUGAGAUCUGGUUGGGAAAGGAGUCUGAGCGGAUUGCCUGACCCUGGAAAGCCGGCUGGGAAAACCAGCGGGUGGUUCAAGCCCAACAUCAUUUGGAGUGGGGGCUUUGAUGGAUUUUCAUGGAUGUUUCUGUCGGAGUGCAAGUCUGAAGCAGAAGUGACAUGGAGCGGCUUCGCACGAGUGAGUAAGGCAGUAUUGCUCUCCCAAGUGAUAGGGGAGCCCGCUACAUCAGCCUGGGAUGAAUCGAUGAAGCUGUCGCAAGUUUGUGGUGAAAAGCUGCAAUCCCCAGGGACCCUUCAGCUCUGGAUGCCUAACUCCUUGACUGUUCCAAGCCCAAAGGCGGCCCAGAGCCACCUAAGAGAUCGUCACCUUGCAGGCUUUCUGACGGGCAAAGGAGAGGCCUACUCGUUGGAAGAAUUGGAGGAGGCUUUUGGCACGUUGACGGAGGUCAGCUACAACCAGGAGGUGCUUUUAGAGAAGCCUUCGCAGCCGCCAGUGCUGGUGAAGCCAUUAGAUUGCGGCCUUGGUUUGGGCAGCGCUUUGUGGGUCUUGGAAUGCCACGGCCUGCGCGUCAUGGUGGGCGCCAUCGCUGCGGCCAUGGGGGCCAUGGGCUCCCGCGGCGCAGCUCUAUCGGCAGCGCUGACAACAUCAGACGCCUUGGUGCUUCUGGGAGGCCUUGGUGAUACAGACAUUCCGCCCAUGGAGCGACAGCUGCUGGAAGCGGCCAAGCAGGCUGCAACCGUAAUUGCGGCUGGGGGCAAUUUGUUGGUGCCACUGAACCUCCACAUGCAGGCCUUCGUGGCAGACCUCACGGAGCAUUUGGCCAAAGCCAUUGCGGAACUGCCAGCAGAGAAUCAGGUGCCAAUCUUUGCGCUUGGCACGGCGGCCAGGUGCUUGAGGCGCUGUUCGCGCUUCUCGGAAUGGGCCUCCGAGAAACGCCAGGAGCGCGCCCGGCAGGGACAGCCGCCCUUUCUCAUCGAGCCAUUGGUGCACAGCGGGCGCCUCACUUUGGCCGACGAUCUCAAAGACUUGGCCGCUUCCUACGAAGAGCCCUCGGUAGUCCUGGCGCCCUUGACCUUGACCGGUCACUUCGAACAGCUCUGGGCGCCAGCGCCAGCUUCCCAGGCCGACAAGGCCGACGAGGCCGAGGCCGAAGCGGCCGAAGCGGCUGAAGCGGCCGAAGCGGCCGAAGCGGCCGAGGCGGCCGAGGCGGAAGCGGCGCCAGCGCCAGCGCCAGCGCCCGAGGAGACACGGCACCGAUCCUGGAGAGCGACCUUUGAAUCCAUUGGCAGAUAUUGGUGGGUGCGCAUCUGGGUAGACUUGGCACUGGGACCUGGAGUGACGUCACUCGCCUACAAGGCCAAAGGCCCUACAUCCCAACGUGGAGAGGGCCUGGUACCAGCAACCCCUGGACAGCACAGUAUGUCCAGAGGGAGGAGGCGCCCGAGGCGGGUUUCCCGCCCGGGCGAAGGGCCGGAACAUGGCCCGAGCGACCGGCAUGACGACUCCGAAACCGAGUCUGAAGCGGAAGUCGGACCCACGGACCAACCUUGCCAGGCGGAUCAAAUCGCUAUUGAUUCCAGUGGCAAAGUGACCUCGCUGGCCAUGGAACCGUGUCGAGACAUUGCAAGGGGUCAACCGGUUUGCCUCCUCAGUGCAGAUAGGGCGAGCAGCUGCCUUGAUGGGCUGCCUAGUCUUGCAGAUGGCACCUCAGGAUUCCACGCCUGUGAAUAUCACCGAUCGAUGUACCAGGGCUCGUUAGUCAACAGGGCGUGCGCGGUGCAAGGCUGCCUUAAUUCAGCCACCAAGAGAAAGGAAGGCGUCCUCCUGUGCAGGUUACACAACGCCAAGGAAGAAAAACCACUUGGAAGCAAGACUACCCCACAAGCUACUACUAGGAGACAGCCCAGGGCAGGGAAUGGAUCAGAAGCGGUUCCUAGCACACUCAAGGCCGCUUCGCCUUUGGCAGUAGACAGCCAAGCAGCACCAAGCUCGAGGGCAGAACCAGCUGACCUAGCCGAGCUGAUGGUGGAACUUCUCCAAGGGAAGGACUCGGAGUCAGCCUUCCGUUCUUUGGCAAGCUCUCGUCAAAAAUGGCAUGAGCCCGAAUUCCGUGCAGAUCUUAGCCGAAUGGCGAAAGAAUAUAUUGCUCGACAAGAAGAAAAAGGGGGGGAGCCCUCCAAAGCGUUGAGAGCCCUUAAACACUUUGUGGCACCCACCCCCCUUGGGCAACACAGCCAAGACAGUGACCCCGUCGUUACGCUCCUAGAAGCCAGAGAGACCGUAGAAGAUCUACGAACCAAUACUCAGGAUCAAGAGCCGCGACGCACUGUGGGCGACAUGCCGGAGCCCCAGGUGACUAUGGCACAAGCCCUCUUCCGACCAAAGGAGCCAGGGACCACAAGCUUCCCGGGGCCGGUAUCCGGCCCGGGACAUGGUGGCCUCGCCUCGAGGCUCGUACCGAGCCCGGGAGCGGUUGACCUCUUUCCCGGAACGGCCCAUGCGUUGCCCCCUCUGUCAGGCCAAGGCUUGGGAGCCUUCAGGCCCUAUCAUGCCGGGGCUUAUACUGACCCGGGACCGCCCGCCCUUGAUGAGGCAUCUAAGGCCCUGCAGACUAUUGCUAAAGCCAUAUCCUCCAAGGACGAACCCUCUGGUCAAGAACGGGGCAAGCUUUCUUCUAUUGGCAAAACUGAAGAGCGCUUGGUCUUCUUGGCCCGGGGGUGUGACACCCUUACCGUGCACAUCGGGGAGGCGACGGUAGGCAAAGACCUAUAUCAUGCCCUAAGGUCUAUGGCUUCGCAGAACAGACCUCUUCUCCGCGAGAUUGGGUAUCCGGUCAACAUCAGCAACCGGAUUGCCUUUGGAAUUUCGAAUGCUUUGCGACAGGCCUGGGCCCUCGCGUGCGCUUUCGGGGCUGAAUGUUACGCAAGCUGGGAGAGCGCUGCUGCGCAGCUCCUUAAGCUUGGUGAAGAAUACACCCACGCUUGGCCCUUACAAGCCGUCCUCAGCACUUGGGAGGAACUCUGGGGCCGCUUCGUGGAAGAGCUCAGGGCCAUCGACCGCAGCGCGCGACGGGAAAUGCAAGAUGAGAGUCCCAGUUUCGACAGACUGCGCUUCUUUGCCACUUCACCUGGGGCCGACGGGACGCCUUGGCUCAGGUUGCCACAGACCUUUGACUUGCAGGCCUUGGGAGAGUACUUCCAAACCGACAUUGUCCCCCGUCAAAGGCGGCUUCUUGAUCGAGCCUGCUGGAACAUGGCAUUCAAACGCCCGUCCCUAGCAGGGGGAAGGGCAGGUGAAAACGCGGAUAACGCAGCGGGAAAUUUGGGAGAUGGCGCUAAAGCCGGAAACCAACACACUCCAAAACCCAAUGCCCCAAAGGAAGUUGGUCAGCUGCUCGGGUCUCCGCUGACGCCCAAAGAAGUCAGCCGAUCCAUGGACCAUCGACCCAAGGAUCGAACAGGCGGGCAUCCCGCCCGGGCGAAGCUGAAAGCAGGUCAGGUCGACGCUGCAGUUGAAACUAUUCGCAAGGAGCAGGCAGCGAAGCUGGCUACGAACGUACAGGAAGGAAAAAGGGCCAAAGAGCGAGAAACCUCUAAGAGGGCAGCCGGACCACCAGAAGACCCCCCUGAAAGCCACACACAAUAUCGUAACGAUACGAGGGCUGGUUGGGUCUCUGCCCCCGGAGGGCUGAACAACUUCGCACCCACCGACAUGGAGGCGCCACUUGCCUCACUGAUGGGAGGGCAGGCAGAAACCAGUUGGACUGCCGAUCAUGCAAGCCCUGCCGUACGCACGGCCCAACUGGUCGUCCCGCACGAUCAGCCGGAGGCGGGGGAGAGGCUGAGACAUAUGCAGGUCAUUGACGACACCUUGCAGCUCCCCGCAAUGCCCCCGCAUCUGGGCGUGUAUCUUCGGAAUCGGGUGCUCACUGACGCCGCUGCCCAGCCUCAGGCUGCUGAUAUCCAAAGGUAUCUGGAAGAAGCGGUUCAGGAAGGAAGCGCAGAACUGGCCGCAGAAGCCACCGAGUUCUUACAAACCUAUCCGGACUUGCGGGUAGGGUCUGUCUCGCACCGCGGGGAGCUCAGUGUCCUGUCUGCAGACAGCAAUUUGGGGGCCGCUACCGGGACCUUCACCUGGCUCGAUACCACUUAUCACGUCUAUGAUUAUGGUGACCAGUUGAGCCCAGCCCAUUCAGGGCUGCUGCCGUGUGACGAGCCACACCCAUCGCAGGAACCCAGGCAAUGUUUUUUCCUCCACGUGGCGGCUGGCCUGCUCACUAGAAAGUCCGGAACCCCGCCUACUUACGAGGAGACGUGUGUGCAGGCUCUGGCCCUUCAGCGCGAAAUGUACCACUCCGCGGAAGAAUGCCUUCAAGCCCUAGGGCCCGAGCCUGAUCAGUGCACCCAAGCGGAGGACGACCUGCGCACUUUCGCGCAUGACGCUCUCUAUUACGGCCAUGAUAAGGAUUAUCGAUGUUUGGCUGCUCUUCCCCUGUCGGCCGCCGAUGAGCGCACCUUUUGUCUCGUCCGCAUGGACGACUGGCGCCGGGUCACUUGUGAGGUCAUUCAAGGGGUUAGUUCCUGCGCCACACCUCGGAGCCUCGUUUGGCUUCUGGUCCACCAAGGUCACAUGCGCCUGCUCGUUCCGCCCAUGGACCGGGCUUUGCCUACCGGAGCCCGCGUAGUCUCGGCUGCCGGUUGGGAACUUCACCUAGAAGCGGCUCUGACGCACGGGGCGCGCCUUCGCGCCCGUGCCGCCAAACCCUGCCCUCGGUGCUAUUCGGAUCCACACCGUCGCACCGGUCGUGCUGCCGGCGUUUUUGGCUUAUAUCCCUUUCCGUCCCCGCCACCCGUAGGCACUCGCACGGGGGCACCUGCUUGGGAAGACACCGCCGUCUGCCCUGUCUUGGCGGUCAGACAGUUCUUCCAGAAAUACCCGAAUCGAUACUUGGGCGGCGUGGAGGCAGAUGAGCCACUAUUCCGAACACCGGAAGGCUGGGAUAUCCCACGCGAGGCCGUGCAGAUGCUCCUGCGCCGUGCGGCCGAAGCCUGUGGUGUGGCGGGCCAUCUAGGCUCGCACUCUCUUCGUUUUGGGGGCGCUUCGGCUCUCUGGGCCGCCUAUAAAGACGCCUCAGUGGUCAGGCGCUACGGGCGUUGGGCUUCCGACGUCUUCCACACUUAUUUGUGGGAGGACCGCGAAUACUCGCGCGGUAUGUCGGAGUCCAUGAUCAAGACAAGCCUCACGCCUAC